GAUACUUCCGUGCGCCACCACUAUGUGACAAAGAAAGUUAACCCCGCAAAAAUCGUGUAAAUAAAGAAUAAGAACAACAAAAAAAUGAAUUAUAUUCAUCUCAGUGUUUUGACGAUAAAUAUUUGGGGAAUUCCUUUCGUGUCUAAAGAUCGCGAAGUUCGGGUCCAGAGAAUUGCUGCUGAACUCUCAACUGGGAAGUACGAUGUGGUUUCGCUGCAGGAAGUGUGGUCAGAAGCAGACUAUCAGUACAUUAAAUCUCAGACGGAACUUGUUCUGCCCUACAGCCACUACUUCUACAGUGGAGUUGUGGGUUCAGGAUUAUGCGUUUUGUCAGCAUACCCAAUCACGGCUGCUUUCUUCCAUGCCUGGUCGGUAAAUGGGUAUGUCCAUCGCAUUCAACAUGGGGAUUGGUUUGGCGGGAAAGGUGUGGGAUUGUGCAGAAUCGCCAUCCAAGGGCACACCAUCAACUUCUACACUGCUCACUUGCACGCUGAAUACAAUCGCCAGAGCGAUGAGUACAUGGCACAUCGCGUGAUUCAGGCAUUCGACACGGCUCAAUUCAUCCAGCAGACACGCAGUGAUUCAGUCGUGCAGAUCUUAGCUGGAGAUCUCAAUACGGAACCCGGGGAUUUAGCUUACAGAGUUCUCCUGUCCACAUCACAACUACGUGAUGCAUAUCAAAAGGGUGCUCCCCAUGGUACGAAUGAAUGCCCCCGGAAUCCUUACACGAGCCUCGAGAGUCACCAAACCAUUCCAGAUGGCAAAAGGAUUGACUACAUUCUGUAUAGAGUUGGUGAUGGAAGUAGAUUAGCAAAUGCUUCCUACACAAUUCUCACCCCCGAAGAUUGCCUCUCAGAUCACGAAGCCGUUCAUGCAAAGCUCAACAUUGUACCCCCAAAGCUGUCGAGGGAAUCAUCCCUUGAGCACAUUGGGGAUGAUGUGGAAAUUCCCGAAUUGGAAACUUUCGAUGCAGCCAUAAAUCCCCUGGAAACGUCCCUUUUGACGGAUCUCACAGAAAGUAUCCAAAUUUGCGAGGAUAGCCUCAAGCAGUUGGAUUCAAGCAGGAAAUUUUAUCUCUGGAUGUCCUUUGCCAUCAUCAUCACGCUCAUCAUGUUCUCAGACUUUGAAGCUCCGUACGGCUUUCAGAUGGCCUACAUUUCGGUACGUGUUCUCCUGGCCAUUCUUAUGGGAUAUUUUCUCUUCAUGGGAACUUUAUGGAAUAUAAUUGAGCGCCAUGGAAUCCUUGCGGGGAAACUGGAGAUGGAGAUUGCUCUUCGGAAUAUCCCAAAUCACGGUGCAGGAACGUAGAAUUUGCAUUUUUAUGAUUGAGUUUGCUCAAUUUUUUACCACAUCUCUGUACAGCUUUAUGUGUUGUAAUUGUUUAUGGUCCACUAAAAGAGGCAGGAAAGAUCAUUAGAAUCUUCCGGAUAUUCCACAAUCAAUGCUCAUUGUCAGGCUGUUACUGAUUAAGGCAAAAAAAAGUAUCAAGUGCUGAAAAUAAAGAAUCUUCUACACUUUUA